AUGUUUCCGCCCGGGAUCGAACCGGGGACCUUCCGCGUGUUAGGCGGAUGUGAUAACCACUACACCACGGAAACUUGUUAUCAAAUUCCACACGAACACUUAUCAAUAAUUAAACACAUAGUAAGUUUAUUUUUUAAAAAGCACAGGUUCACUUUCGUCGAACUUCAUUCGCAACCGCCGCCGCCGCCGCCUCCGCCGCCGCCUCCUUACCGUUUUUCGCCUCAAUCACCUGUUACCGCCAGGAUGCAGACCAACGUGCACAUCGACACGAGGAACUUGCGAUCGUCUCCCGAUCACAGGAUCAAAGGAUCCGGCCAGAAGCGGACGUUAGAAAGCUUGCAAUUGGGGAAGAUAAAAGGCGUUUGA